GUGACCAACAAGAAGUGACUUUUGUUUGUUUGUGUUUUGUGUGUAGCUCGUACCUAUGAUUUUCAUAUAAUUCGUUCAAACAUCGUCGUUUUUGGGUCGCGAAUGCCGCGAUCAUCCUUCAAAGCCUCCGUAGGUCUGAAUGCAACGACGAUUAAGCGGGAAAGUGACCCAAGAAUUUGGCUCCGCGCGCGUUGUUGCUUGACAGAAAUCCUCUCCUCCCUCAACCGUGCCACGUGGCAUCGGAAAAAUGGCGGUUAACCGGAAAUGGCGCAGGGAGGAGGCCCCAGACAGGUCCCUUCGUCGACAACAGUCAGCGCACGACCUUUCCUCAGCACCUUCAGCAGGUUGGUGCCACCCCCGAAACGGCGGCGCGCUUGUGCCUCGUGUUCAUUCACGGGGGCGGCACUGCGAGGGCGGCGGCGCCACUCUCGAGGCACCGAGGCACCAUGCGGCAAUAAAACCACACACUCCGGCUUCAGUUCUUGCCGACUGCGCUCACAGGCGGAGGCAGACGACCGUUCAGCCGCAAGGCCCACCACGACCUCCUUGUUCUUCGUCGUUGUUUUUUCUCCGAUUGCUGAGAAGCGUGAAAAGAUCGUCAGAAGAAAAACUGGGAAUCAUUUUGAUCUGGGCGCCGAGUGCCGGGCGAAAUUGAUCGAGUUUCGUCUUCCUCGUUGACUGGAGGAAGGAAAGUGAUGGAAAUGCUGCUUUCCUAGACCUCCAAUGAGGUAUCUGCGUGACUUGGUCCUUUCAUUGGUGUUCUGUGUGUUCCUGGUCGGCGGCGGCGUCUCCAGUAGACAAGAUGCGGCGCCCCCCGUGAAGCACCCCCAUCCCUCCACCAAGUCAUUCACAUGGAGAAUAGAAAACUGGGGCUCGUGCAACGCACCUGGCGGCUGUGGCGAAGGCACCAGGGUCAGGCACAUCUGGUGCUCAGAUCUCGAGGGAAGAUCCACGCUUGACUACCUGUGCGACCCCAGCGAAAAACCAGAAACUGCCAAGCCGUGCUUCACUGCUUGCAGACACCACAGAGACAAACUCCAAUGGCAAGUCGGCCCAUGGGGUCCAUGUCUGCCGGUGUAUCCGUCCAGCACCAUCAACGGCCAGAUUAGGGCAUUUUCUCCCUUGACAGAAAUAUAUCCGGGCAUGUCAGGCUCUGCUGCUCUCACUCCAAUAGAGGAAUACCUCGAAGCCGCUGGAAACCACGGAUCCGACUUCUUUUUCAGCCUGGAUGAGAAGGACGGUGAGGCGCUCGGCGUUAUGCAGAGAGAAGUUGCUUGCGUUCUUGUCUCUCACGAUUUGCAAAAGACCCAUCGGACAGUGGACGACGACAACUGUUUCACAGUUGCAAGAAAACCAGACCCUGUGCGACUUUGCGGAAUUCAGACGCCACAGGACUGCAUUGUUUCUGACUGGUCUGACUGGGAUGGAAGGUGUCCUGACGGUUGUGGUAUCAUGAACGAAACUAGAACAAGGACAGUUUUGGUCGCCCCAAGUAAUGCAGGAAAACCUUGCCCAGAGUUGAUGGAAACAAGACUGUGCGCCUCAGUGUCCAAAUGCCAAAUAAAACUGACUGCAGAAAUCAAAAGUAGCAUAAACGAGUACAAACUGAAAGUGGGCGAGUGGCGACAGUGCGAGGCACCGGCGGGAGUGGUUUCGGCCGACGUACUCACAAGGGCGUUUGGCCAGAGGAAACAGGGCAGAAUCGAUUUCAGCAGAAAAUUGGAGAACUUCACCUUCGAGCCGCAAGUUGGAUAUCAGUCAAGGGAGGUGACGUGCCGCGACCUGCACGGAGACAUUGUGGACAUCAAACUUUGCUUGGGAUAUCACGAAAAUCAAAUUUUUCCGCAAAAAGUUCGUCCAUGCGUUGUGUCUCAAGAUUGUGCAGUUGGACCAUGGUCGGUUUGGAGUAAAAUUCAAGACGGCUGUGUUUCAUCAAAUAAUGAAAUUCACGCUGAGGUGCACAAAAGAAAAAGAAGCGUGGUCAGCAUUCAGCAAGGAGACGGACAGCCGUGCCCCCACCUUAUUGAACAAAGGAAAGUAGUGGAUCCGGAAAUUUUGGGGAAAUGCAUCGACAAAUACCACUGGCUGCCAUCAAGGUGGAGUCCGUGUGUUGUGACCAGGGGUGACUCGUCCAGCACUUCAAUAACGCCUGUUGCUUGUGGUGGAGGCGUCCAGCUGAGGACUCUCACCUGUGUUGAGUCUCAAAGUGACAGGCCAGUGCCUAAAGAGAUGUGCAAUUCUCUGGAUCCAGCACCAACAGUUCAGCGGUGUGAGGUUGCUUGUCCUCGGGAUUGUGAGGUUGGCCAGUGGUCCACAUGGAGCGUCUGCAAAUCACCACAUUGUAGCGACAUAUCUGCAGAGCUCCCUUCUCAAGGCUACAGGGAGAGGGAAAGGAUGGUCAGGGUGAGCGCCAGCAACAAGGGCGUAGAGUGUCCGGCAGUGCGAGAAGUGCAGCCAUGCGCCCAUCCUGCCUGUUUUGGUUGGAAAUUAGGACGAUGGGGCCCUUGCGAAUUGGACCCUGGUCUUGUCAAAUGUGGAGAAGGACGAAAAAUCAGAUCAGUCAUAUGCGAGUCAAUUGAUGGGGUGGCACUGGACGAUUUCAUUUGCGCCAAACAAGAGCUGAAGCCCCCUGUCGAAGAGCUGUGUCUGCAACCCUGUCCUUUUGACUGCGUCCUAUCACCCUGGUCUCAGUGGUCAACGUGUAGUCACCCUUGCUCUUCAAAUCGGCAGGGCGCCCUAAGACAGAGGAACAGAACGGUUGUUGCACCCUCUGGACCCGGAGGCCAUCCUUGUCCAGACCCUGAUGAAAUGUUGCAAAUCGAAGCGUGCAACCUUCACAGCUGCCACGGCUACAGUUGGUUCACCAUGCCGUGGCAAAAGUGUGAAUUGCAAAACAGCACAAGCACUCUCAAUACCGUCUUGCAACAGAGCCCCACAUUCAAUAAUGAACUUGGUGAAGAUGAAUCGAUUUGUGGAAGAGGAAUCCAAAAACGGGACGUUUGGUGCAUGGAAGGAAAUGAGAAAAGAGUCAAAGAUUCAAAAUGCCAGUAUUUAAUGAAACCAGCUGAUAUGAGAAUUUGCAAUGCACCUUGUCCUCAAAAUUGUGAUGUAUCUUCCUGGACAGCAUGGAGUCACUGCCCCGAUGAAUGCAUUGCCGAUAUAACAGCGAAGCACAGAAUCAAGCUGCCAGCAACCCAAAUCAGACACCGAGUGGUUCUAAAACUGCCCAGGGCCGGAGGAACACCGUGCCCUCAACUGGAAGAGAUCAAAAUCUGUCCCCAGAAAAGAGAAAUGUGUAAAUCACACACUUGGUUAAUAAGUGACUGGUCGCAGUGCCAACUACCAUCCAAUGUUGAAUGCGGACAAGGCUACAGGACAAGAGCUGUGGCCUGUUUGCUGAACAAUAAGACGCGAGUGGAUGCAAGCCAAUGCAUGCAAGAGAGUGGACCCAUGCCAGUAAUGACGCAACCCUGUUUCAUGGACUGUGAAGAGCCCUGUGUCCUUUCGGAUUGGUCGUCGUGGACUACUUGCGAGCAGGCGUGCGGAGGCACAUCAGUCAGAAGGCGCUCACUUCUAGGGCUUUCUGCUUCAAGACCAGUCUGCAGGGACACUUUCAAAUUCCCUCUGAUCCAAACGCAGCCGUGCCCGUGCAGUGUGUAUGAAUCAAAGCCCGAGGGAGAGUGGUCCAUUUGCAUUCUGGAUCAAAACAACUUUUCUGAGGAGUCGGCAAACGGCCGACCCCUUGGGACGGCCCUUUGCGGUGCGGGGCGCAGAUUCCGCGCAAGAGCUUGCAGAGAUAAAGCUGGAAACUUGGUUGAACCGAGUCACUGUGGGGAUACUGGAUUGGAGGAGGAACCCUGCUUUGUGCCCUGUUCCGCAGACUGUGUGAUGGGAGAGUGGAGCACGUGGGGAGUUUGCAGUGUACCGUGUGGCCCCGGAAUUCAAAAGAGACAACGUGAAGUAAAGAUGUUGCAGCCUACUCUGAACAACGGCCGACCUUGCGGGCCUGAAGCUCAAACAAAACUGUGUAACACGCCCUGCUCUCACUUCAAAUGGGCUGCCAAUGGCUGGGACGACUGCACAUUGGACGGGGAGGAUCAGCUUAAGGGUUGUGGCGCUGGAGAUCAACGCAGAAACGUUAGGUGCUUGUAUGAGCCUCCCCAUCAAACGGCUAUUGAGGUUUCCAGUUUGAAGUGUGACCAAGAGACGCGCCCCAUAAACUACACUGCAUGCCAUGUCACCUGCCCUGGCGAGUGCGUCGUCAGCAUGUGGAGCGACUGGUCACCUUGUGAGGCUCCUUGCAAGCAGGGAUCGAAACAGGACAGGACAAGGUCUAUUCUCAGAGCGCCUGCAAUCCACGCCACCUACAAAUGCCCACCACUCAUCGAGGUUCAGGAAUGCAUUUUGAACCUGACUUGCUUCACGUACGAGUGGAAAAGUACCGAGUGGUCCAGUUGCCUUCCCCUCGGAGGGUCUCCCUGCGGGGAGGGCAUCCAGCACAGAAGCGUUGCCUGCGUCCGAUCGGAUGGACGAGCAGUUGAGGACAAUUUUUGUUCCGUGCGGCAAAAGUCAACUCCAACUGAAAAGUACUGUUACGUCGACUGUCCAGUUGACUGCGAGGUCAGCGAAUGGAGCGCGUGGAAUGAAACCCAAUGUGCCUGUGGAGGGACAGGCUCGAAAAUGCGGCGCUCCAGGUUUAUCUUGACCAACCCCAGUGAAACUGGACGGCCGUGCCCAAAGCAGCUAAAGCAGUACAAGCCGUGCCCUGUUGUGCCCUGCUUUACAUGGGUCAGGGAUGAGUGGUCAAAGUGCAACCUUUAUGGUGCUGAUUGUGGCCACGGAGUUGUGAGACGCAAUGUUACCUGCAGAAGAGAAUAUACCAUCACGCAGGCCGAUGAAAAACUUCUGCCCAUGGCCAUUAGUGAAGAGCUCUGCUACACAGGUUUCAAAAAUUUGCCACAAGUCUUCAACGACAGGAGCUUUUUGCAGGUGGCAUUGGAUCUGAAAAAAGAAGACGCGUGUUACGUUCCAUGCAGCGGAGACUGCGAAGUUGGAGAAUGGAGUCGAUGGAGUCACUGCCACAGAAGCUGUAAAGACGGUGAAUUAGGAGGUUAUCAGACGCGAUCAAGAGCAGUUCUGAAGCCGCCAAAGCAAAACGGCGAGCAAUGCCCGGCAGCGCUUUGGGAGACGAGACCAUGCUUUUCCGGGCCCUGUCUCACUUACGACUGGGUGGUGAAAGACAAGAAAAUUAUUUGUGAGCGAUCCGAUGGAGAGGUAGUGACAGGUGGGUGCGAGAGCAAGAGGCGUCCGUGCGUGCCCGCAUGCUCCGUGCCCAACUCGGUGUGCACCCCUGAGGGGGUGUGCGCCUGCGUGACGGGCUUCGGUGGCCGCUAUUCGGAGGCCAACCGCCGCCAGUCCGCCCGGCAGCUCAAGGCCUGUGUCGACAUGUCCCACGUCCAAAUGUCUCAGGCGCGCCGGGCCCUGGAAGAGGCCGAAAUCCAAGCGCGUUUCUAUUAUCCAAAGGAAGAUGACAUGAGCGUUUGGAUGUUCGCCAUGAUUGGUGUUGGUUGCGUCUUUGUGGUAUUCGUCGCGCUCUCCCUUUACAUCAUGUGCCGAAAUCCACCUGCAAAUGAAGCGGAGGUGCCAGGAGUGGAGCGAGGCACAGCGGCAACUCAGACGGUCACGGUCAGAGAGAACCCGCAGAACGCAUACAACCCGUGACUUUUUUUAAUGUAGUGGAACGUGUCAGACCUAAAUGAAUUUUCUCAAAUUUUGUUGUCGUUCCGUAAAUGCCAACUUCGGAAAUUUUACAUCAGUGUCCGCAGUUUCAGUGUCGCUUGUAAAUUGUCGUUGAAUUAAAUUUUCCUUUCAUUUUUAUCGCGCUGAUAAUUCUGAUUUCCUUCAUGUUCCUCAUAUCUGCUGCAAAGGUUUUUAUCACGUACUGUUGACCCACCUUAUUCAUGCAGCGACCACUUGCACACAGAUGGUAAAAAAACUCUCUUAUCACAUUUAAUUUUUUUUGUUUUCCACGCAAUAUGUCGAGAAAAAUAAAAGAGUUUAUGGUUGUACAGCGACUGCGAUUUUACGAAAAGUGCAGAGCAAACGCUGAAUUUUGUGCGUACGUGUCAUCUUCAACUUGUAUUUUUGUAAAUCAUCAUGUAAAUGAAAUAUUUAUUUUCAUGGAAAUGAUCUCUUGAGCAAGACUAAUAAUUUUGAUCUCGACUGAGUUCUAGUCAUUUUCUAUAGCGGGUUUUAAUAAAAAAUUAUCAUUGGCUUUCUUGUUGAAAAUAUGAACAAAGAUUAGUAUUUGGGGGAUUCAAUUGAAAAUCAUGUAAAAUAUAAUAAUAAGGAUAUAUAUAAAUAGGAAUUUAAUAACCAACUCCGUCUUGUAAUAAACAUAAAUGAAUAUGUCAAGAAAUAAUAAAUAUAAGUAUUUCACAAAAUUUUCACUUCCUGACAUUUCAAUUUUUUUUGCAAAAUAAUGUGAAUAAGCGUUUAUUUGAAAUAAAAUUGAGAUGU